GAGGCGCAGUGAGUGGUUGGGUUUGGGUGGAGUUCGGUGGAGUAAAGUUGGAUGUACUAUACCAUUUUUUUCUCUCAAAUUAGCCAGGAUACGCUACAAUGUUUUAGCAGCAAGACCAUAAGAAUUCUAAAAGAAACCUGAUUUUAUCAUAGAACACGAGCAUAGAUAUAUCGAUAAUGGUUGAUGUAAGUGAAGAAUCGUUGUUGGAUUAUUUCUACUCAGCCGGAGGGAAAGUAAAAAAUUCAGAUUUAAUGAAAACAUACAAGCCUUUUAUUGGUCACAAGGACAUGGAGCUGCGUGCCAAAUACAGAGAGGAGUUCAAACAGAUCAUUGACAGGAUUGCUGUUGUGAAAUCAGAAAAUGGUGAGAAGUAUCUAGUUCUGAAGAAGAGAUACCGGCAGCAGAAGCAGGACAGUGAGACAGAGCCUGGGACAGACAGACAGGCCAGCCCUGCCAGGCCAUGGGCCUCAGCCCAGUGGGAUGGGUCAGGGGUCUCGUCUCUCUCCAGCCCCCAGAUGGAACCAGACCUCCAGCCUGAACCGGCCAAGGGGGCAGAGGAGAGGAAGCCUUCCCAGGUGACGUGGUGUGGAAGAGGCCCCAGCAUUACUGUCACAGAGGCACCCGAGCAGGAGCACAUGCAAGAGGAUCAGCACACUGAGAGAAAACCCUCACCGUCUGUUUCGGAGGAACCCCUUGUGCACAGCAACGGGGAGAAUGAGCUAGACAGAGACUCAGGGUCAAAGUCAGAGUCCGAAGAGCAGGAAGAGGAGUGUACGGGCAGUAUGGGCUCCACCCAGGUGGCUCUGGACCCUGUGGAGAAGGAAUGGAUCUACUCUGCUGCGUGUGGCUGUCUCUCUGACCUCGCCCAGCUGCUACAACAGGAGCCCUCCCUGGCCAACAAGAAGGACUUCACCUCGGGCUUUACAGCUCUACACUGGGCAGCCAAACAUGGCAAAGAGGACAUGGCCACCAUGAUGGCCAAUGCAGGGGCUGACGUCAACACUAAAUCUCAUGGGGGCUAUACACCCCUGCAUAUUGCAGCAUUGCAUGGCCAUCGAAACAUUUUGGAGCUGCUCAUUGGAACAUAUGAUGCGAAGGAGAACCUCCGGGACUACAGUGGCCAUCUUGCAUGCCACUACCUGAACAUCAGGGAGCCUACAGAGGAUGACAGAGCAGCUCCAGAGGAGAUACAAUUCCCUGAGUUCCAUGUGGCCCAGGCCAGAGACCGCAGCAGGAACAGGAAGUUAACCUCGUUGUUCCAGUCCAAGAAGAAGUGGGGAUCAGCGGAGGAGCUAGCCCCUGUAGAGGAGGAGAGGGUGGCACUAGCACCCCAUCAACUCAUCGUCCCCGCAUUCAGACCCAGGAAAUUCUCACGCUGAGAAAGGAACUGAGGACAAUCCUCCAUUUGGACACUUUUCUGCGCAAUCGAGGGACAUCCUAAGAGCAAACAAUACCUAUCCAACCUGUCAGAAGGAGACCAAAACCUGCGUUGUAGCUGCAAAAGAGGAAAAUAUUUGAAAGCGUCUACAAGUCAGACAAAAGCCACUGCCCUGAGCUGUUUGUCUCCUGAGAUGUACCGAUGACAUUAGCUAAGCCUCUGACUCUUUGUUCUCCAGUCAACCCAUUGUACCAGUUAUACAUAUCUUCUCACCCCCCCCCCACCACCACCCACACACACAAAUAAAAA